CUCAGAGCUCCCCUCUCCCUUUGUCGGGGGCAGAGGGUCAUGGGGUACCCAACUUGGAGAGUGUGGGUCUUCUCAGGGAGGAGACCAGACGUAGUUUGGCAGGAAGUCACACACACACACACACACACACGCACGCACACACGCACGCGCGCGCGCGCGCAAGCCAUCGGCUCAGGGGGAACUGGAAACGUCUGUGGUCUCGUCCACAGCAGAGAAGUCUUGGGGGUGGAAUUCCCCCAACCAUGUGAUGUAGGAGUCUGCCGGGGGCCCCAGACCAGUAGCCUCCACAGAGGCCCUGCCCCACCCCCGCAUCCCCAGCUCUCAAACUGGGGUCCCUGUACCAGCAGCAUCCUCACCCACAAACUCUUCCGGCUCCAGCCCUCCAGGUGAGUCUGAUGUACUGGAGCCCGAGCUGGGGAAGCACCUCUGGCCCGGGGACUCCAGCCUUUGCUUCUGGGACCAGAGCGGGCCUGGCCAACUCAACCCAAGCAGCUUGGGGUAGGGAAGGGUUGCCACGGGCAUCUCUGUGGAGAGGGCCAGCCGGCGGUGGUGGGUUUUUUUUUUUUUCCCCACUAAACUUUAAUUUUGAGGGAAUUAUAGAUUCAUGUCACCUGUAGGAAAUACCUCUUGUGUCCUUUACCCGGCUUCCCUAGUGGUGACAUCUUACAAAGCUCUAAGGCACGUCACAGCAGGAGGCGCGGUGACGACAGUCAAGAUACAGAUACUGCCUUCCCUGUCUUCUGUUCGCACCUGACUCCCUCCUCCCCACCUGGCAGCCACACUCUGCUCUCCAUUUCUGGGAUUCUGUCAUUUCAGGAGUGUUACAUAAAAGGAAUCCUACCGUGCGGAACCUCUGGGGACUGGCAUUUCCCACGCAGCAUGGUCCCCCAAGAUUCCUGCAGGCUACUGCCUCCUCGUGCCCCCAGGGCUGUGGGUGCCCCUCCGGUGGGUUUGGUCCCCAGCCGUGGGGCUGGCCUUGAGCCGUGCCCGGGAAGGCUGCUGGAGACACACACACAGAGAUUCUUAUGUGAACGGACGUUUACAUUUCUCGGAGAUGGAUGUUCAGGAGUGCCUCCGCUGGGUCGCGUGGUAGCUGCUCCCUGUUCCCUUCCCAGCCGCAGUGGGGAUGAGAUCCAGGUUCUCGCUGCCUUGGCAUUGGGCGCCGAGGGGGGUGUGGCUUCACUCCGCCCUUGCCUGAUGGCCGUGAUGUUGGACCCCUCUCCACGCGCUGACCUGCCAUCCGUACCACCUCGUCGGUGAAAUGUCUGUCUCCUGCCCAGUUUCUGGGCGGGAUGUUUUUUUUCUUUUGAGUUUUGAGAAUUCUUUAUAUAUUCUAGAUACUAGUCCUUUGUCAGGGACAGUGGCUUACAAACGCAGCUCCCGGACUGUAGCUUCAUCCUGUCGCCGAGCCUUCCACAGAGUUCUGUUUUCCCUUUUAAGGACUGUGCUCUCGGUAUAUUGUGUAAGGACUCUUGGCUCUAGAUCCCGAAGAUUUGCUCCCAGGGGUCUCCAGAGGGUUUAUAGCUUUGUGCUGUACUUUUGAAUCUGUGGCACGUUUUGAGUUAAUUUCUGUACAAGAUGUGAAGAUUAGUUUGUUUUGUUUUUUUUUUUGCGGGAGUUCAGUGACUCUGGCACCUCCUGUUGAAAUGCCAGGUUUCCUUCAGUGCAUGGUUUUUGUACCUUUGUCAGAGAUCAGCUGGCUCUCUGGUCUGUUCCACUGGCCCGGCCUGUUGUCAGGUCUGUCCGUCCGUACCCCCUCUCCUAUCCCCACCCUGGAGUUGGACAGUAGGGACACAGGGACACCAGCCUUCCCUUCCCUGGCUGUGCAGUCCUGGCUCCCACGCCUGCCUCUGCCCAGAUUCCAGGGGCCCAGAGCCUUCUGGACCCACUGACCCCUGUUUUUUCUGGCCCCUGUUUCCUGAGCGGGACCUGUUCGGGGGGGGGGAAGGGAAGCAGAGCCAGCUGUGGGUGGGCAAGGCUGACUGUCUCUCCCUCCCCCUCCUGCCCAGCCCCAGCCCCAGCCAGGCUGCAACUCCGGAACCCACUUACCUCAGUGCUCUGUGGUGGGAGGCUGUGGAUCGCAGUCCCCAUUAUACCCCUUCCCUGCUCUGGGUCCCCGCUGAGGGACCCACCCCCCACUCUCCUCCAGGACUGUAUUGCAGAGGACAUGAUCAUCUUGAGGCGCCUGGGCAGCACUGAGGAAUCCAGAGCAGCUGAGUCCCACACCACCAGCAGUGAGGGCUACUUCCUGCCACCCACAGACCUGGCCUUUAGGCUGCUCCGAAGCCAAUGAACCCCAUGCACCCCGUGAAACCCGCCCUGCCCCCUGCGCCACACGGUGAUGGUCCAUUUGCUUACGAGGCGGUGCCUUGGCAACAGAGUGCCACUCAGCCCGCAGGAUCGCUGUCGGUGGUCACGACCGUGUGGGGCGUCGGCAACGCGGCCCAGAGCCAGGUUUUGGGGAACCCCAUGGGCCCUGCAGGAAGCCCCCCCGGCAGCUCCGUGAUGCCUGGCAUGGCCGGCAGCGGCUCUGCUCUGAAUUCCCCGCAGUGCCUCGGACAGCAGGCAUUUGGAGAGGGUGCUGCCAGCAAGGGCUUCGUGCAGCAAGGGGUGUAUGGCCGCGGGGGCUACCCCGGGGGCCCCGGCUUUACUACUGGGUAUGCGGGCGGCCCGGGGGGGCCCGGGGGCCUGGGUCUGCCCUCACACGCCACACGACCCUCCACCGAUUUCACUCAGGCGGCGGCGGCGGCCGCGGUGGCUGCUGCUGCGGCCACCGCCACGGCCACCGCCACGGCCACCGUGGCCGCCCUCCAGGAGAAGCAGAGCCAGGAGCUGAGCCAGUACGGAGCGAUGGGGGCCGGGCAAGCUUUUAACAGCCAGUUCCUGCAGCACGGAGGUCCCCGGGGGCCCAGCGUCCCCAGCAGCAUGAACCCUGCCGGCGUGGGAGGGCUGCUGGGCCCCUCUGGCAUGAGCCCCAUGAGCAUGAACCCCACCCGGGCAGCGGGCAUGGCACCCCUGUAUGCAGGGCAGCGCCUGCCCCAGCACGGGUACCCUGGGCCCCCCCAGGCCCAGCCACUGCCCCGACAGGGGGUCAAGAGAGCCUACUCCAGCGAGGUUUACCCCGGGCAGCAGUACCUGCCGGGAAGCCAGUAUGGGCCUAGCGCCACCCAGUACGCGCCUGGCACCGGGCAGCCUCCUGCCCCCUCCUCCUACCCCGGGCACCGGCUGCCCUUGCAGCAGGGCAUGGGCCAGGCCCUGCCUCCCUCUGGCCCUGCAGGACUGCACUACAAGCCUGCAGAGCAGUUCAACGGGCAGGGUGCCAGCUUCAGCGGGGGGAGCAUCAGCUACAGCCAGCCUGGCCUGAGUGGGCCCACCCGUUCCAUCCCUGGCUACCCCAGCUCCCCACUGCCGGGGAGCCCCACGCCGCCCAUGACCCCCGGCAGCAGCGUCCCCUACAUGUCCACCAGCCAGGAGGUCAAGUCCCCCUUCCUGCCCGACCUCAAGCCCAGUGUGAGCUCCGUGCACCCGUCACCCCCCGCUGCCGGCUCACACCAGCGCGGCCCGCUCCCAGGCAGCGGCCCCUGUGACGAGCUGCGGCUGACCUUCCCUGUGCGCGAUGGGGUGGUCCUGGAGCCCUUCCGCCUGCAGCACAACCUGGCCGUGAGCAACCACGCCUUCCAGCUCCGUGACUCCGUCUACAAGACCCUGAUGCUGAGGCCUGACCUGGAGCUCCAGUUCAAGUGUUACCACCACGAGGACCGGCAGAUGAACACCAACUGGCCAGCCUCGGUGCAGGUCAGCGUCAAUGCCACCCCGCUGACCAUCGAGCGCGGCGACAACAAGACGUCCCACAAGCCCCUGUACCUGAAGCAUGUGUGUCAGCCGGGCCGCAACACCAUCCAGAUCACGGUCACAGCCUGCUGCUGUUCCCACCUCUUCGUGCUGCAGCUCGUGCACCGGCCGUCCGUCCGCUCGGUGCUGCAGGGUCUUCUCAAGAAGCGCCUCCUGCCCGCCGAGCACUGCAUCACCAAGAUAAAGCGAAACUUCAGCAGUGGCACCAUCCCUGGCACGCCUGGGCCCAACGGCGAGGACGGAGUGGAGCAGACGGCCAUCAAGGUGUCCCUCAAGUGCCCCAUCACCUUCCGCAGGAUCCAGCUCCCCGCCCGCGGCCACGACUGCCGCCACAUCCAGUGCUUCGACCUGGAGUCCUACCUACAGCUCAACUGUGAGCGGGGGACCUGGAGGUGCCCCGUGUGCAACAAGACGGCGUUGCUGGAGGGGCUGGAGGUGGAUCAGUACAUGCUGGGAAUCCUCAUUUACAUUCAGAACUCCGAUUACGAGGAGAUCACCAUCGACCCCACGUGCAGCUGGAAGCCGGUGCCUGUGAAGCCCGACGUGCACGUCAAGGAGGAGCCCGACGGGCCUGUGCUGAAACGCUGCCGCACCGUGAGCCCUGCACAUGUGCUCAUGCCCAGCGUCAUGGAGAUGAUCGCGGCCCUGGGCCCCGGGGCUGCCCCCUUCGCCCCCCUGCAGCCCCCCUCGGCCCCGGCCCCUGGCGACUACCCCGGCCAGGGUUCCAGCUUCCUGGGACCCGGGACCUUCCCUGACUCCUUCCCGCCUACCACGCCCAGCACCCCGGCCCUUCCUGAGUUCACCGCGGGGCCGCCCCCCAGCUCCUACCAGUCCGACCUUCCCAGCAGCCUCCUGACACCAGAGAAGGCUGCCCCCUGCCUCCCAGGCCAGAUGGCACCAGCGGGUCACCUGGACCCAGCCCACAACCCCGGGCCACAGGGGCUGCACGCCCCCAGCCUUGGGGGGCCCCCGGGGCCCCAGCUGCACCAUCCAAACCCUCCCCCAGCAUCCCGGCAGCCCCUGGGCCCAGUGAGCUCGGGCCCCAUCGGCGAGCUGGCCUUCAGCGCAGCCACAGGCGUGAUGGGGCCCCCCAUGUCUGGGGCGGGGGAGGCCCCGGAACCGGCCCUGGACCUGCUCCCAGAGCUGACCAACCCCGAGGAACUGCUGUCCUACCUGGGCCCACCUGACCUCCCCACAAACAACAAUGACGACCUGCUCUCUCUCUUCGAGAACAACUGAUCCUGUAGACCCCACCCAGCCGGCGGGGACACGCCCGCAGAUGUCACCGUGCCCCGCCCCUCCCCACCUGCGUCUGCCCCGGCCCCCCCGCCCCCCAGCACUGGAGGCAGCUGCGCUGGGGGGGAGGGGGCUGCGCGUGGACCCCCUGACCCCCACUCUGCUGCAGAAUGGUGUUUGAUGAGAUGCUCAGCCCCAUCCCCCCCAGCCCAGCUUUGCCCCAUCCAUACAACCCCUGCUGCCCCAACCUCGUGCCUCGCCCCUGGUCCCUCCAGCCCUGCCUGCUCCCACCAGCCUGCAUCUUGUCCAGCGUUGACCCUUCUGUUUCAACAACCCCUUGGCUCACUGGCGAGGAGCCGGGCUGCUCUGUCCGGAGUCUGAGCUCGCGGUGGGAGCGGGACCCCUCUUCCCACCCGCGGCUUCAGGCUAAGGCUGCAGGGUGGGGAGCUCUAAAGCACAAUGAUGUACAUAGCGUAGGAACACUAGGAGGUGUGGAUGGCCAGUCCCUCCUGUGCUGCCAGGGACCCCGCGGGCUCCUGGCCCCUCCUGGGUACAGACGGCGGGGGGUGGGUGCUGCGACUCCGCUCUGUGUGCGCAUUCUGCAACGGGCAGCUCCUCCGAGGUCCCCUUUUCCGUGAAAGUGAAGAACCAGUGCCGCUGUGUUUUUUACAACUGCGUCUCCCGUGCCCACCCUGGGGCCAAGCCAGGUGGGGGAGGAGGAGCCUCCGCGUCAUGUCCCCUGUCUGCCCGUCUCGAUUAAAGGACUCCCUCACGCGGG